AUGGCUGGUGCUGCCACUCCUGGUUUACGCAAAACGGCACUUGACGGCACCGGGGGAACUCCGGCAGCCGACAUGGAUAAUCAUAAUGGUGAUAUUCGGGUCACAAUUAGCGGCACGAACUAUGAUGGCUAUGCCGCUAUCAUAGCCCUUAAUGAUAAAAAUACUGCCCGAGAUACGGCUUGGGUUAACGCUUUUAAAGCAGCGGCUCAACCUGCUGGUGCUUACGAUGCCAUGGCUGAUCCGGAUAUUCUGGCUUAUCGCAAAAACAAUAACAACCACGAGAUAACCGCAGUCCAAGGAGCCACCGCUCGCAAUAAUGGGUGA